AUGUGUGAUGUGUGCGUUGACUUUCAUGAUCUUCUGCUCUCUUAUGAUGAUCGAACGUCAAAAGAGCAAGAUGUAUUAACUACUUUAUGUGUAGCUGAUGUGGAUACUACUUUACAUUAUGUUAAUCAAUGGGUACAAAGACAAUGUAUGUGUUGUUAUCGAGAAAUUAAAAAUUUUGAUCGAUUCAUACGAUUAACUCAAAGUAUCGUUUUCUGCACAUUGAAACAAUUACAAACUAUACAUCAAAAUGGACAGCACGAUAAUACAAAAGAGGCAGCCAAAGAAGAAAAAGAGGAGGAAGAGAGCACAGAUAAAGGAAAUGCAAGCGAUACAAAUCAAAUAUCUAGUUGGUCUCAACAAGACAGAGAAAAAUUAUUUCAUCUUCUUUCAAAAAUAUUUUUACUCAAUUUUCCUCUCUAUAUUGCAAUGAAACAUGGAGGUGCUAUAAAUCCAUUAGCUCCAAUUAAGGACGAAGGAGGUUAUUGCGAGCCUCAUGACCCUGAAGUACCAGCACCUUUGAUUCGUGCAGUAUCUAUAUUUUGCCAUCAGGGUGGUUUUAAUUUAAUGUCUGGCUGUUUUGAUAUGGAGAAUACACUGCCUGUUAGCCUAGCACAUUCUAUGGUUGCAGUUAUUUGUAAUUUAAAACUUUGGCUAAACUAUGGUAGUGUUAUUCAAUUAUUUAUACCUCUACGCAGUAGAGUUAUGAAGUAUAUGUGCCGAUUAGGAGAUAAAGAAUUACGCACGCCAGCAGUCAGGACUAUGGCGGAUUUCAUGUGGAGUGCAGUUAAAGAUCCAAUAGAUACGGUAUUACCAAGCUUCGAUAAAGAUGGAUUAGAUUUGGCCUUUAAAUAUUUUACCAGCACAACUUUAACUAUGAGAUUGGCAGGAGUAGCUCAAAUUAAUGCCCAUAUUACUGCAUUUAAUGAACUUUGCAAUAGCGAAACAGUCGCUGAAGUUGAACAAGUAGGCCAUGCCCUAGCUGCAUGGUUGACUGAAAAUAAUAUUAUAGCUCAUAUAUUUGGACCAAAUUUACAUGUAGAAGUUAUUAAACAAAGUCAUAUUGUAUUAAGUUUCUUAGCUAUGGAAGGUAGAAUUACAUCUUCAGAUAUGGAUACCAUUUGGCAAGCUGCACAAUUAAAACAUUGUGGUCGUCCAGUAUAUGAUUUAUUAGCACCAUUAGUAAAACACUUAGCACCUACGCCUGUUCUUCAUUUAUACUCUUUACUGGGAAAGUUAGAGCCUAAAGAUCAUACAGAGCAAAGUUUGUUUUUAGCAUCAGCAUUGAUCAAAUUUAUUUGGACAUCUGGUGGUUCGAGUUAUUCAAGAAGUUUAUCUAUGAAAAACAGAGAACUUUUAAGAGGUGUUUCAAGUGGUGUUGGAGGAAGUAGUAGUAGUGACCCAAGUGGUAUGGAUGGUACAAGUCCCGACGAAGAUGAAGAAGAACCUAGCCCUGCUUUAUCCGAUGGCCCGUCUCCGAGAAAACAAGCAAGAGGAGAUAGUAGUGACGGAGAAGGUCCAUUUAAAGGUAAAAGUUUGGAAAGCAUUCCUGUUGAAUCUAAUUUAAAUGAAGUGGAAGAUCCUAUUUCGGAAAAAUCCGAAUGCAAUACAGAAUUAACAAAAGACACAGCUAAUGUAUUGCAAGAUGAUACAAAGGACAAACAAAGCUGUUCUGACGUAGAAGCAGAUACAGAAAAGUCUAAUACAGAAGAACCAAUAAUUCACGAAAAGAAGAAAAGGAAAGUAUUGCGAAAAAGAAAGAAACCUCAAAAACGACCAAUAACAACAAUUGAAAAAACAUUAGAAGAUAUUGUUGGUCAAGAAGGUAGCAUAAAGUCUAAAGAAUCAUUGACUAGUAAAAGUAGAACAGAAGAUGUAUUGGAUGGUAGUAUCGAAUCUGGUACGCUUACUUCAUUGGAUGAAUCAAAAGUCGUUGAUACCCUUGACCGAGUCAAGCAACAGGCUAUGGCUUUAGAUCCAACUGAUCAACAAGUGCCAACAACAGCAUCAUUGUUGAGAAGAGCAAGCAAAAAUAAAUAUAUGUUAUUAGUAGGACAUAAUGUAGACAGAGCACCCGAUUCUGCAGAUACAUCUCAUGAUGAAGAUGAUAGCAAUGUAGCAGGAGUAUUAGCUGCCGCAGAUGGUCCAGGAGCUGUUAUAUCUGAACUUGCUGGAUUAGUUCAUGCAAGUGGACCUACUUUUUUACCUUCUGGAUUAGAUGAAAUGCUUUCGGAUGAAGAAGGUUCUUAUAGUAGCAGGAUAUCUAAUAAAAGUGAAAAGAAUAUGGCUGACUUUGAUGGAGAGGAAAGUGGUUGCGAAGAAGAAUUAGCACAACUGGCAGUACGUCACUUGACAGCCAUUCAAAUGCAAACUUAUCAUCCGCAUCAUUCCCAUCCAACUAUGACUAUUAGAAGGUCCGUAUGUCGUCCUACACAAGUACGAACAGUCCGCCAAGCAGUAUCAAGAUUGAAUUCCCAAUUUAAUUUAGAGACCGUUUGUAAACCAGGAAAUACAUUAUUGUGGGAUCUUUUGCAAGAUGAUAAAAUUGGUCAACUCGGAGAAGGAUUAGCAUUAGAAGCAGAGAAAGCAUUAUGUAAUUUACUAUGUUUUAAUGUUGACCGUUUAAUACCAAUGAAAUUUAUUGAAGGUUGCUUAGAAAAUUUAGCAACUAAUCAUUCUGUAGUUGUAUCUUUGAGAUUAUUACCAAAGUUACUUGCAAGUUUCCAACAAUUUGGUGCAAUGGAUGCGCAUACUAUAACAACAUGGGCUGAUCACGAACGUGGUAUGAUGAAACAUUUUUUUAAUAAUUUGAAAACAUACACUAGUAACGGACCAAAAAGUAGUUUAUAUUCGCAUCAAACAGAAAUUCAAGUUAGAUUACAAUUUUUGUCAUCAAUUUUUUCGCCUUUGGGCUCACCAGACUGUUUUCGUCUAAGUCUUGAACAAGUUGAUAUAUUAUGGCAGUGUUUAUCCCAAGAUCCAACAUGUGCCGAUGAACUUUUUAGUUGGUUAUUAAGUCAAGCAAAAUCUACAGAGCAACAUGCCCUUGGAAUGGAUACAUUGAAACAUUUGUGUAUGCGUAAACUUCCAAGUUUGCCACCUGAAACCAUAAGCAUGACGGGUCUUAGCCUUUUCCAACAGUUAUGUAAUUUAGCACGUUUAGCUGCCGCACAUUUGGAUAGACCUUUAAGAGAUGUUGAUUCGGUUGGAAUGGAUUUUCUAUGGAAAAUAGCUUUAAAAGCAAAAAGCACGGAUGUCAGUAUGGCAGCUAUUCAAUAUUUAAAUGGCUAUUACAUGUCUAGGCAAUUAUCUCAGGAAGCUGAGUUUGUUUCACAAUGUAUGAUGCAUCUUGCUGCAGCUAGUGCAGAUUUAGAAAUAAAUGAAGAAGCUAGUUUGCGUUGUAUACAGAGAGCAUUACUAUUAUUAAGAACACAUCUGGAAGCAUUCAGAAAGCGUUAUGCAUAUCAUUUACGUCGUUGGAUACUGGAAGGUAGAGGUGCAGGAAGUCAUAUGGCUAUGAGUAUGUCAGAAAAAGGACAACAUAUAAGAAUCCUCGUCCAGCCUGCUGGAAUACCAGAGAAAACAACGUUUACUCUUUUAAAUACGGAUUAUGUUGCAGAUUUGAGGGCAGAAGUUGCUAAGUGGUGGGAUGAUACUCAAAAUAAUCAAGAUAAAGCAGCUACUUCUACAAAUUCAACACAAAAUACCAAUUCAGUUCUAGGAUCUCUUCUUACUGAUGGUCCAAUUAGAAUGAUUACGCAAGGUCAAGAAUUAACGAUCGAUUUUGAUGAAAAAACAUUACAAGAAAUGGGAUUUAAAGACGGACAAUUAGUGUUCACUUCACCCGGUGCUGGUCGUAAUAAUACUGGCCGAUGUAACAAAAGAGAUAUGGAUUCACCGUCUCUAUUACCUCCCCCACCAAGAGAAUCUUUGCCAACACUUCUUUUAUUGCGACCACAAUAUUUUGAACAACUUUUCACAUUGAUGAGGACACUCAGCGCAAUGAAGGUCAUGGUUAAAGGAGGUCAAGAAAUUCCACAUACGAAAGCUCAGGUUCUUUCUAGAAGAGUUUGGGAUACAUUAACUUUACUACCUACUAGUCCAACAUUAUUGAGAGGCUUUCAAAAAUUGGGAGAAACAUCUUUACCUGAUUUAUUGGAUCCUGCCAGUCCUCAAAAAUUAAUGUACUCUUUAUAUAUAGUUGAAUCUUUAAGUAGAAGAGGAACGGAAUGUCAACAAUCCUCUGUUUCUUCUGCCUUAAGUUCAUCGCCUAUGCACGAAGGUGGCGGUGGUGAUGCGGAUAACAAUCACGAUGAGAAAGAAAAAGAUGUACCAUGGUCAACAGUGUUCGUACAACAUGGAGGUUUGCGACACUUAUUUGAUAUUUUCAUGUCCGAAUGUUUGGAACAAGGAGAUGGUAGCGAAUGGCAACAAGAUUGCCUUGCAAGUUUAUUGAAACAAUUAUGCUAUCUCGGUGUUGUCAGAGAAGAGAAGAAACGCAGUAAAGUAGAUAAAUUAUUAGUACCUAAGCUUAGUGACGCAAUGCUUUCCAUGAUGAAUGUUAAUACUGUUAUGCCGAGAAUAACAAGUAUUUUGAAUGAAGCAUCAUUACCACGCGACCCAAAUCAUUACAAAACAGGUGUCUUUGGUAGAUCCCAAGUAAUUCAUUAUACUAUGGCAUUAUUAGUAUGUUGGGUACAUAGUGAUCCGAUUGUAAAACAAAGCUUAUUCUUGUCAUCUGAACCUUUUGGGAAAACUUGGUUACGUCGUCUUGUAUUAGAAGAUCCCGAACCAGCUGUAAGAAGAGAAGUGUGUACUGCUUUGUAUAGAUUAUGCUUGGGAACUACAGGAACGGAAAAUGAUAAUUCUGAAGCAUCCGGUCUUAUUGUACCGAUGCUUAACACGUUACUUGAGCAUCUUGUAAUUGCGGAAGCUAUGCAACCUUCCCACAGAAAGCCAGAUUUACCGUUACAUUUACAUCCUGUUCUUGAUGAUGGCAAAGAACCAUAUGGGCCUGCUUGUAGAGAUUAUUUUUGGCUUAUAUGUCGUUUAGUUGACUCUCUUCCGGAGGAAGCUAUUAAAGAUGGCUCGGAUGAUAUGUCUAACGGAAGUAUAGACUUGGAAGCUUUGGCAAUCAGAGUUAUUGAUUCUAUUAUUAAUAGAGAACAUCUCGAAAUGCGACAUAAUACAGUGGAAGAUGAUGGCUUGGUUGGUUUAUUAAAUCUUGCAUGUAAUAUUAUGACUCAUAAUCCGCCUUAUAAGCAAGGGAAAAUCGGACAAAAUUUAUUACACGAAGUAUUUGAUUUUUUAUUUUCAUUGCCAAAUCCACGAUCGAAACAUGUUCCGAAAUGUAAAAGUCUAGUUUCUAGAUCGGCAGCAUUUGAUUUAUUGGUUGAGCUUGUUAAGUCUGCACCAGAUAACUAUUAUAUACUUCAUGAUAAAUUGUUGACUCAACAUAGGCCUGGUCCUCAUUCUCCAUAUCCAUGGGAUUAUUGGCCGCACGAUGACGGACGAUCGGAUUGUGGAUAUGUAGGGCUUACAAAUUUAGGUGCUACCUGUUACAUGGCCAGUUGCAUGCAACAUCUUUAUAUGAUGCCUCAAGCACGUAUUUCUAUCUUAGGAGCUGAUUGUAAUAGAGCUAACAAACAUCAACUGACAUUACGUGAAUUACAACGAAUGUUUGCAUAUCUGUUGGAAUCUGAGAGAAAAGCAUACAAUCCUAGAAGUUUCUGUCGCGUUUAUACUAUGAACCACGAACCCUUGAAUACAGGAGAACAGAAAGACAUGGCUGAGUUUUUUAUAGAUUUGGUGUCUAAAUUAGAAGAAAUGACGAGUGAUUUGAAAAAUUUAGUAAAAACUUUAUUCUGUGGUGUAAUAUCGAAUAACGUGGUCUCGUUAGAUUGCGAGCAUGUAAGUCGUACGCUUGAGGAAUUUUAUACAGUUCGUUGUCAAGUAGCUGAUAUGAGAAAUCUCUAUGAAAGUUUAGAUGAGGUUACUGUCAAAGAUACUUUAGAAGGAGAUAAUAUGUACACAUGUUCUCAAUGCGGCAAAAAAGCAAGAGCAGAGAAGAGAGCAUGUUUUAAAAAACUUCCACAUAUAUUAUGUUUUAAUACAAUGCGAUAUACUUUUAAUAUGGGUACAAUGCUUAAAGAAAAAGUGAACACACAUUUUAGUUUUCCUUUAAGAUUGGACAUGUCGGGUUAUGUAGAGAAAAAAUUGAUGCCACAGCAUUAUCAAGAAGAAAGAAAAGCAUCUGGUAAUAACAAAGUUGAGAAUAAAGAACAUACUGCUUUGGAUGGCGAGGAAGAAGAAGAAGAAAUGGAUCAUUAUCAAUAUGAUUUAAUUGGCGUUACCGUACAUACUGGUACAGCUGAUGGAGGACAUUAUUACAGUUUUAUUAGAGAUCGUACUUCUCCAAAUAAAGACAAAUGGUUUUUAUUUAAUGAUGCUGAAGUUAAACCAUUUGAUCCAAAUCAAAUAGCAGCUGAAUGUUUUGGUGGUGAAAUGACCAGUAAAACGUAUGACUCUGUUACAGACAAAUUCAUGGAUUUCAGCUUUGAAAAAACGAACUCAGCCUACAUGCUUUUCUAUGAGUGGUGUACUGAUCCUGGUGAUCAAUUAAAAGAGGAUGAAGCUACUGUUUCCAGCCCAACUAGUUUACGCUCUUCUUUGCUAAGUCAUAAGCAAACUAAUAAAUUGCCUCCUUUAGAACUAAACAAAGAGCUAGAAGAUUGGAUAUGGCAAGAUAAUAUGCACUUUUUACAGGAUAAAAAUAUAUUCGAACAUACAUACUUUACUUUUAUGUGGCAAAUAUGUGGUUACAUACCACAAACAUUGCUUUCCGUUCAACCGGAUAUUACAGAAAUGUCCGCUGAACUUUCUACCUCUUUUUUUAUGGAAACAUUUAUUCAUGCUAAAGAAAAGCCUACCAUGGUUCAAUGGGUUGAAUUGCUUACUAAACAAUUCAAUGGUUCUCCUGGCGCUUGUGCCAGAUUUCUUGAAAGAAUGGCUAGUAAUUCAUGGUGGCCUAUACAAAUAUUAGUAAAAUGUCCUAAUCAAAUGGUAAGACAAAUGUUUCAAAGAUUAUGCAUUCAUGUAAUUCAACGAUUACGUGCUACAGAAGCACCUCUCUAUCUGCUUUGUGACGAAGAAAACGAUUUAACCACUGUUGGCACUCGAUCGUGCGUAACGAGAUUCGUUAGAAUGCUUUUAUCUUUGAUGGAACAUGCUAAGCAACAUUUAAAACAUCUUACAGAAUAUUUUAGUUUCUUAUAUGAGUUUAGUAAAAUGGGAGAAGAAGAGACAUUAUUUCUUAUACGAGUACAAGCCAUUUCUACAAUGGUAAACUUUUAUCUGGGUCAUAAAACACACGAGUUCGUUGAUGCAGUUAGCGAAGAAGAAGAAGAAGAAGAGAUUGUAGCGGUACCACCAGAUAAAUUGAGACCAGCUUCGUUAGAUAAAAUGAUUACGUUAAUAGCAACAUUGGUUGAGCGUAGUAGAGGGACGGAUCAUAGAUUAACUUUAUCACCAACAGAUCUAAGUGCAGUAGCAGGAGGUAAAGGAUUUCCAUUUCUAUAUCAGCAGACACGAGAUGUCAUUAAUUUGAAUCAAACAAGAAAUUUAAUUCAGUCUUUGUGUCGAUGGAAUGAUAGAUUGGCCAUACAUAUUGUGACAAUGAUUUUUCAAGCGAUAACGAAACAUAAUGAUUUAUCUCAUCCAUUUUUUAAACUCUUGACAUUGCUUACUGAAAGUUCAGGUCCUAGUGGAUUACCUUGCAUGACACAAUUAAUUUUGGGCAGAGUAUGGGAAGCAGCUAGAGUUGCACCUCAUGGAGCUCUCGAAUGGUUGGCUCUUGCUGUUACCAGAAGCAAACUUGCCCAUGCAUGGGUUUUACAAGGAUUAGAUACUUGGUUGCAACAUUUCCUUCUUGAACAUUCAAACCAACGAGUUCGUUCCGCUGCUGCUUUUCUUUUAGUAUCACUCGUACCUUCAACUCAUUUUAGGCAAGGAUAUCGCAGUGCCCAUCGAUUGGGAUUAGGAUGUAACACAUCUAGAGAGCUUCAAUUAUCUCCAGAAGCUACAUUAAUAUUGCACCAGAUUUAUACUGCACUUUUAAGAUUAUUGCAGCCUGCAAGACAUUAUAUCGAUUUACAAACUCAUGGUACAAUGAAACUCACUGCCUAUUUUGCAUUGCUUACAUAUUGUGUUGUCUCUAAAACAGAGAAAUUGAUGUUUGGACAAUAUUUAAAUGAUUUAUGGACAUUAUUUCAUCCAAAGCUUUCGGAACCAAGCAUUCCAGUACAUCAUAACAAACAAGCUGUAUUAUUAUUUUGGUAUCACGUUUGCUCUGAUUGUCCCGAAAAUGUAGCAAUGAUACUCCAUAAUCCACAUAUAACCAAAAAUAUUGCAUUUAAUUAUAUACUUGCCGAUCACGAAGAUCAAGAUGUUGAAUUAUUUAAUCGAGUAAUGUUACCUGCUUAUUAUGGUCUGUUACGACUUUGUUGUCAACAAUCACGAACAUUUACGAGACAAUUGGCUGCGCAUCAAAAUAUACAGUGGGCUUUUAAAAAUAUUACACCACAUCCUACUCAAUAUUCUACUGCUGUAGACGAAUUGUUCAAAUUGAUGCAACUACUAGUUGCUAGGCAUCCAGAUCAAACAGAACAAGAAGAAGCUGAAAUUGCAUCAUUUAGAAGAGGUACAUUAUCUUCGUAUUUACAAGGAUUGGAUGGUCGUUCCUGUUGGGCUACAUUAAUUUCUGCAUUUCGGAUUCUUAUAGAAUCGGAUGAUGAUCGUUUGUAUGUUGUAUACAAUGGAGGUUUAAGUAUGGCUCUUGAAGCUUUCCAUAUGUUACAUAUAAUGUACCAUGAAGCAACUGCAUGCCACGUGGCUGGUGACUUAGCUGAAUUAAUAGCCAUUAUUGUAGAAUUAGUCAGAUGUAUUCGUACAGCAAGAGAUGGACCAGACGCAAGAAAUAUUCUUGCCAAUUGCAAGGAGUGGCCAGAUGUUUUAAGAAAAUUGGCAACAUUAUUAAAUACGUAUAAUCCACCAGAUAUGCGUAAUUUGGCAAUCGAUCUUUUGAAAGAACUUGUCAUGCUCGUUCCUGCCGAUGCUAUACUUGUUUUAGCACCAUUAUUAUCUCAUUGUCAUGCAGCUCUUCAGGAGUCUCAAGCAGCUGUUCCACCUGGGCCUUAUCUUCCAAGGAGAUCUACGCCUCCAGGAAAAAUGCCUACAAGACCGGCUAGACCGAUGGUGCAAAUGGCAGUACCACAUUCGCAACUUGAAGCAUCCAAAGGAGUAGAUGCAGAAUAUGACAGCGCUUUGCUUGAAUUUUAUUUACCAUAUCAUGAAUUGAUUGAUGUUAUGUGCAGACUUGCAAUCAAUAAUGAUUGCAUGACAGAAACAUUGGUUAAUUUAAGUGCUAUGUUGGGAUUUGAGGGCGUUCCCUUACAUUUGGCACUAUUUCCAAGAUUAUGGUUGGAUGUACAUGCUGCCACACAUAUAGACAGAAAGCAUAUAGCAUCUCUUCUUUGCUCUUCCUAUACAGUGGAUUAUGUAGAUGCUGUCCUGCUAGAUGAAAGAUCUUCAUUAGGUGUACCUGCGAUACAUGCCUUCUUAAAAACUUUUUUCCCUAAACUCGCCAAUCAUGUACUAACUGACCAAACCUGCCUACUUAUUGAUAACUUAGUUAGUUCUAUGACAGCAAUGGUGGAAGCUGUUGAUAUUCAAGCAUCUGCUCAUAGACUAACUGGCGAUUUACGAGCUUUAGCUCUUGUUUAUAGUAGCAGUACAAGACUGAAAUCACCUACUAGCUUACAGUCGGCUUUAGAAACUUUAUUAUCGCGUACUCGAACAAUAAAAGUUAAAGAAUCUAAUCAACAGGAAGUAGAGGCACCUUCGAAAAAACAUAUUGAAGAUAAAAACAUUGUAGAGCAAAACGAUUCGACUUCUCCUGACCCUAUAGAUGACAAAAAUACUUCACGACACAAGGAUAAUGCUCAAAUGGAAACUAUUACUACAAAUGCCGGCUCAAUAUCUACAAAUUUAGUUACCACUGUGACAUCGAAUAGCUGUACAAAUCAGUUACGAUGUUCUUUAACUAACAUGUCGCGACUUGAAAUGUUAGAGAAGACCAUUGUGGAUUUACAAAUGAUCGUGCAAUUACAAUCGAAAAAUAAUUAGAGAGUUGCAUGUUUUCGACCGAUGCUUUUUGUGUCAACGUACUAUAUAGGGGGAUUGACUUCACACGAAAACGUGUGAUUAUUUGUGAAAAUCAAGUAAAAGUUCAGUUAUAUCUCUCGCAACUAAGUGAAAGAUUUUUAGUGCAUCUGUACUUUGUAAAGGGAAAAACAACAGCAACAAAAAAAGAAACAAAACAAAAAAGAAAAAAAAGAUACGUGUAUACACAUAUUUGUAUGUAUGUAUGCGUGCGUGUGUAUAUCAAUCAUGAUUUACUUCUUGACUGAAUAACAAUCAUCUGCCGAUAAACGUUCGUUAAUGCUGUGAGAUUAGAUAUCUUAUAGCAAGAUAUAUACUUUUUAACACGUAACAAUGUAAACCGCCCAGUAUUCAGGAAUGAAAAGUGCAAGAAAUCUUGUGACACUGUUGCAAAAGAUUUUAGGUCUAUAAUUGUCUUGCAUUUCUACACUUCAUCUCAAAUUGGAAUAGGAAGACAGGGUUUUUUAACUUGUGAAAAUAAUGUGGUAGCAGUGUCCUUUUGCUUAGCCUGGAAACUGUCUGUUUUUAAAUAUCCUUCAACUUUAAAUAAUUUUCACAAAAUUUUUUCAUUUCAUUAUUGUAAGAUAAUAUGUGCCACGUCUUUACGUGGCUCUUUAAAAGUGUGUAACUCAAUAUCUAAGUUAUUAAAUAAGUACUACCUGACACAUGUCGAUGUGGAUCUCCUAAAUGUCGAAAGUCUAACUUAACUAUUUCAUUUACAUAUACUUGAUGUAAAGAGAAAUAUUCAAUAUAGUUUCUUUUUGUUUGUACUGUAAAAUGUGUCAGUUGUAUUAUAAAGCAAUGCAUAUUUCUCUCUCUCUCUCUUUCUCUCUGUCUCUCUAUCUCUAUCUCUCUCUCUUGUGUGUUUGUAAAAAAUAUUCGAUCAAUAAGAAUGAUUCCAAAAAGUAUGGAAAAUGUAACAAAACUACAUAAUACAGAAUACAAGACAUAUUGUGAGUUUGUA